GCGUCUCGUCGCGUGGAUUUACCGUGUUUUGGCUGCUAGCUUCUCUGGUAGUGGAGUUAGCCCGUUAGCUGCUGUUUGUUGUGCUUUUAAUAAUGAAUAAAAAUAAAGCAAGCGGCGUGGCGUGGGUGAAGCCGACAGAGCCGUCCUUUCUGAAGAAGUUUAAAAGUGAUGUUGGAUAUAAAGAAGGGCCUAAUGUUGACACAAAGCGCCAGGUGAUGCCGGCUCUGGAUGAUGACAGCGGGAGUGAUCGAGACGACGAGCUACCUCAGGUUGUCGUUUUAAAAAGUGGAGACCUGACAGCAGAGGAGGCCCAGGUGAUCAAAGAUGAAACACGUGGCGGAGGCGACGCAGACAAAGACGGUGAAGCUCCCGCCGACGGUAAAAUCCUUUUCAAGAAGCCAGCCAAGCGCGCCUCCUCAAACCAGUUCCAGGGGAUCACUGCCAGCUCCAGCAAGAAGAAGAAGAGCGAUGCAGGAGAGAAGGAAGAGAAGAAGGAGACGUCUGGAACUAAAAUAAAAAAUCAAAGCCUCCUGUCGUUUGGAGAGGAUGAGGAGGAAGAGGACGACUAAAUGGUGAAAUGUGAGAGUGUCGAGGACAAAGUCACAUCUGAAUAUAAAGUUAAAGAAUGAAAAGCAGCUAAAGUUACGGCUGUUCUGCAGCCGGUUCAGCAUCUUUAAAAGAUGGUGCCAACGUGUUUCAUUCCAGACUCUUCAAACCGUUUCAUUCAUUUUGGUGUAAAUAUCAACCAUGAACAUCUGUUUUAACCACUGACCCACACGCAACACUUCAUUUAUAUUUCUUGUAGCAAUACAUACAAAGUCCAGUACUUGAGGUACAUGUCUGGUACUUAUUUAGUAUAUAGUACAUAUCACUAGUUAUGCAUCUGGUUUGUACCAGGAGUGACCAGAUGUGAACAGAAACUGAUGGAGACGAUUGUGGAGGAGCAGAAACUACCAGCAAACCAGAUGUUAAUAAACAACCUGAUCAUGGAGACACUUCCAGCUCAUCAGACUGGAGUCAGGG